UCGCCCCUUUGCAUAUAAAAGUGUGCGGAGCUCGUUCCCCUCCCUCAUAUCUCACUCCCUUUCACUGUAAUUCGCUUUAACGGCGUCCUGUUCUCACUUUUGAGGAGGCUUUUCUGUCUGUUCUGCAUCGCCUCAACUUUUAGCUUAGCAUCAUUUUUUUCUAUUUUUCUUCCCGCCACUGCAGCAGCGGUUAGCCGUUACCGCUUCUCUCCUCAGAAUCAGCUCGGCGAACAGCAGUGGCUCGGAACUGUCCAUUGUGUCCUUGUUUUAACAUUUGUUGGAUCUACUAAGGAUCUUAGGUAGGAUUUUUCGGCAUCAGACUUGUGUUUGUUCUUGGAUUUACGCGUUUUGUCAAAGUAAGGAGCCGGGGAGAGCAUCUUCAGCUGUGUUAUUGAAGGUUUUACUGUGAGGGAGUUGAUCUUUUCACGCUGCAGCCAUGGAUGAGAUGGACCUGCCCCAGAUGAAGAAGGAGGUGGAGAGCCUGAAGUACCAGCUGGCGUUUAAACGAGAGAAAUCCUCCAAGACAGUUACUGACCUGGUGAAGUGGAUUGAGGAGUGUGUUCCUCAAGACCCGUUCCUGAACCCGGAGCUGAUGAAGAAUAACCCGUGGGUGGAGAAGGGGAAGUGCGUGAUUCUUUAGGAAAAACAGUCAGCGUCCCUCAGUCUUCCCCGAAAAAACGAAACGCCCCAAAGCCCAGCAGGACAGAACGCACCUGCACCCUGUUCCCUUUCACCAUGAAUGUACAACAGCCCACACACACACACACACACACACACAAACACAC